AUGAAUGCGUACGUGAAUAGUCUCCUUUUUCUUCUUUUGAAAAGUUACUUCCCUCUAGAUAUCCAUAUACCGCUCCUGAAAGAGUGGUUGAUAAAGCGUUGGCCAGGAAGCACAAAAAACCGCAAACCGGACAGUAUUAUGAUGCUCCCGCUGAAGCCGCUGCGGCACCGGCUGAUCCUUCCGCUGAUUGUGAGUUAUUUACGGUAAUAAGUUGAACUUUUUUUGCGCUUUAGUUGGAAUGCAAGGUCCUGGAAUGCAAGGUGGUGGAAUGAUGUCAAAUAGAUUGCCGCCUCUGCAAGUGGUACAUCCACCAGCUCCAAAUGAAAAGGACUGGGUGUUGACGGCAGGUACUUUGUUGGAACAGAGACUUUGUUUAAUUUCAAUUUUUUAUCGGUUAAGGAAAUGAAAGUUUGGUGGAUAAUGUGCUCGCAAUUUCUCUGCAGUACGGCGGUAGACUGGUGUCGAUGGGGUACUAUCUUCGCGGUCAAGAUGUGAACUAUUAUGCAAUUAUGCACAAAUACUCGGGUACGCCACUCUUGACUAGCAUUUGACUCUGUUUUGCGUUUUCUAGGCCCGGUGUUCAUCAAGCCCGCACCGAUGUCAUUUGAUGAGCUUAUCAAAGCAGUUAGAGAGAAUGAAGCAAGAGAUCUGGCACUGACUCAAGUUUGUGGCCAAGAAGGAAAACCGGGCGAGAUCACGUUCACCACUUACUGGGAACGAGUGCCAGGAGUCGAGUUUCAUGUGAGAGUCACGCACGUUUCAUGAAAUUGCAAUCUUCAAACUUUGCAGAUCUGGUUCCCGGGACAACCUCAUGCGGACGAACAAAAAGCGCAUUUCGAGAACAGCGGCUACCGUCUCACUUAUCUUUGCGGAUACACAGAAGCCGGAAAAGGAAAGUACAUUGGCGUGUGGCAGAAACCGACAAAGUCCGAAGCACAGUAUGAGGCUCAUUAUGGGCUGACGAUGGAAGCGUGUAUGCAGAAAGACAGGCUACUGGUGCAGAAAGGAUAUGUAGCCACGUCGCUGAGAGUUUUCAAUAACAAAAACCAAGUGCUGUGUACUGGAAUCUGGGAGAAUAGGAACGGAAGAAGCAGUGUUCAAGUGGGUCAAGAUCUUCAGACUAUGUACAGGUAAGUAAUUACUAUUCCAGCCGACUCUGAGAGCUUUUUUCCAGAAACAUGCAAAGGAACCCAAAUAUGAUCCCAAGACAGAUGUCCCACUACUUCGAUAACUAUCAGAAUGUCAGUUUUUGUUAGCAAUAAUGAGUUUCUGACGGAAAAUGUUAACAUUUCAGAUUGUUUACGUUGUUCUCUGGAGUGAUGUGGACGUGAACAGAUAUCCAAAUCCUCCUCCAUUGUGGGAUGAAAAGUAAGUUUUCUUACAUGCCUACAUAAAACUGCUCUGAAUUUCAGUCCGAUCCCAGUCCGUUUUCUGAAAGGUUCGCCCGAACUUCUCGCUGACGAUCAGAUGGAGUUUCUGAUCAAACGUGUCGAGCACUUUAUGAAAGAUCUCAACAUUCCCGGACUGUCCAUUGCGAUCUCCAAAAAAGAACAACUCAAAUUUGCGGCAGGUUUGUUUGUUCAUAGUAUCCAACACUUUUUCGCUGUCCGCGCAGGUGCCAAACUGGCUUCUAAAAGGUUUCCUUGUUCCUUGUGAAUUGUGAAACAAUUGGAUUAGCGUUCUUCUCGUUGCCAGUCAAUAGAUGUAUGGUUCUUAAAAGAAAAAAGUUAAGUAAAAAAAAAGGAUAGAAGAUUAUGAGAUUAUGAAAUUUUGCGGGAAACGUUUUGGAGUGAGAAACUUGAUAGCUUGUAAACAUCAAGAUGACCAACGUCAUGUAGUCAAACACUGUCUUUUCAAUGAAAUGACAAAACGUUCAUUCUUGUCUGUAUUAUAUGUGCAUGUAUCAUUUUUCCAGGUUUCGGAUACACCGACAUUCGCCAACAAGAGCCCGUCACACCGAAUCAUCAGUUCCGGUCCGUCUUUGAGCCACCCACGUGCGCAUAAGUUAUCCUUUUUUCAGUGUCGGAUCGGUAUCGAAGCCAGUUACCGCCGCGGCAAUCAUGCUUCUUAUCGAUAAAGGCCACUUCACACUCGACGCAAAGUUGUUUGGAAAGGACUCUAUUUUCGGCAGCGAGUUCAGCAAAAAGUAUCAAUAUCCGAGAUAUGUGACUGAGAUCACUGUCAGACACCUUCUAGAGCACACUUCCGGUGAGUCAGGGAAAUUGAAAAAUAGAAACAAAACGAUUCGAUUUUGUGUCACAGGUGGUUGGGAUAACCUUCAAUCCGACGCCGCAUGGGUCCAACCGGACAUGACCACCAAAGAGCUCGUUGAGUACGUGCUCAUAAAUGUACCACUCGAAUACAAACCCGGAACCAUGUGGAUUUACUCUAACUUUGGAUACCAGCUACUCGGUAAGUUUCAAUCCCCCGACAUACAUAAACUUUCGUGUAUUCUCUGCUCAGGAUAUCUGAUCGAAACGACCACCGGCAUGUCAUACGAGGCGUUUGUCAAGAAGAACAUAUUCGCGCCAUCUGGCGUUUACGAUAUUCAAGUGGCGAGGCCGAGCAUUAGCGAGCGGGCACCGUAAGAUUUUACGCACCUCUCGGCUCAUUUUGAAAUUUAUCACUUUUCCUCUCUUUCCCCUCCUCUAAAAGUUUGCAUUUUGUCAGGAGAGAAGUGGUCUAUUACAUGUCUGGAAAUGGAUUGGGAUUCAAUCCGUACGAGAUGCUACCGCCAGAGAGAAUCGGUCCAUGGGGCGGAUGGAUUGCCAGUCCCAUUCAACUAUUGAUGUUCAUGAGCAGAAUUGAUGGGUUCGAAAACCGAGAGGAUAUUCUCAGUGAACCGGCGAUUGCUGAACUGGCGACCCCGUCCGCUGCUUCCAAUGAUACUUAUGGUAAUUUUUGAAGGGAUCGUAGACUAGUUUCAAACUAUUGAUGGUUUUGCAUGAAUCAACGCUGAAUCCGACUGGAAAGACAAAAUCCUCUUCGACAUGGGUCUCAAACUCAUUUCUAAGGCCGGUAGAGCGGUUUGAAUAGCCCUAACCCUUACGUUUUUGCAAAUUUUGCUCAGAAAACAGAAUCUACAGAGAUGCUCUCUUUUCAGUCGGAUUCUGCGUCGAUUCAUGUGAAAAGUUCAAUUAUUUUGAAAUCAGUUUACUAUCCUAUUCAAUACAUUGAAAAAAGGGAGCAAACUUUCACAGGGUAAUUUUUUUUCAGGCCUCGGCUGGUCAUUGAACAUUAUGGGAUUCAAUGGUUGGCAACAUGACGGUCGCAUGCCUGGAAGCGCUGCGAUGUUGGUCAGAUUGGACAAUGGGCUAGAGAUGGCAGUGACAGUGAACAAGGUACAAAGAGUAGACUUUUAAAUCUAAAUGAACAUUAACUUGAAGGAGUAUUCGGAACGCGACUUUUUCCACGAACUCGGCUACGUUCUCCAUCACAUCGGCAACAAUUGCGACUGGUGGAAUGACGACUACGAUCUCUUCCAGAAGUCAAAGCGAACUAUGCGAAGCGCACCUUCAACGAAACAAAAAGUAUACCGUGUUCCCGCACAAAGAACGAAUAUCACAACGAACAACUCGCACGUCAUUCGAUUUGUUUGA